AUGAUCAAUGACGUUGGUAACGAGAUCUUCUCCCACUUUGCAUUCAUGUCUGUACAUUUCAAAGCUGGAUGGUUGGGACAAGGCUCCAAUUGUACACAGCCAGAUCAGCAUGAGCUAGGUUGGAGCAAUGUUGCCAUUGCGUCGAGUCUAAUAGUGGUAAAUGGUGUCGUGUCCGUGCUAUUCGGGCUGGGACUGGAAAAAACAUUAAUAAUUUCGGCGACAAGAUGUCUGGUCCAACUGACUAUAAUGGGAUAUGUUCUGAAGCCUGUGUUUGAGCACAAUGAUCCCCUCUUUGUUUUCGCCCUUGCCUUAACCCUUAUCUUAAUAUCCACAGUGGAGAUUGUGUACAACAAAAGCAAGCAUCGACACGACUACAUGUUUGCUACCGUAUUGGCUGCCAUGUUGUUUAGUGUCACUUUAACCUCUUUUAUUGGCAAUGCCUUUGCAAUCCAGGCUGACCCUUGGUGGCUGCCACGCACAUAUAUUCCAACUCUGGGCAUGCUGUUGGGGAACUCUAUGUCCGGCAUGGCCUUGGGACUGAGCAGCGUGUUGGGACAGGCUGCCGAUAAUAAAGACCGGAUAGAGCUUUAUCUUUCAUUUGGGGCGUCUCGAUGGGAAGCAGCUCGACCUGUCUGUGCAGAGGCAAUAAAAACGGCCUUGCUACCAGUGUUAAACAACAUGAGCGUAAUGGGGUUAAUCUCGAUACCAGGAAUGAUGACAGGGCAAAUACUGGGUGGGGCCAAAAUUGCGGACGCUGUUCGCUAUCAACAGAUUAUCAUGUUCAUGAUCAGCGCAUCUUGCGCGAUUGCGACAGUUAUGGCGGUAUUGAGUUGUGUCUUCAUCAUAUUUGAUGAUCAUUCACGAUUACGGAUGGAUCGCAUAUUGAAGGACGCGAAGAAAAGAAAGACGGCGACAAGGUUUUGGACGAAUGUGAUGAAGAGAUUCAAAGGCCGUAAUCAGGUGGAUCAUGCAAAUGGACAAAACGGCUCUGAAGCAGAGGCUCUUUUGCGUUGAAGACAUAAUAAAUCCAGUGAUGGGCGUUAAUAAUAAGGUGUCCAUUAAGGUAUCUAUUACAGAUGUCCAUCAACUUCUGCAAUCCUAGACAGGCAUCUACCGUCUGGCAAAUACCGUAAGUGGUAAGGAGAGAUCUGUCCAUGUAUCUACUAGGCCAUCA